CACGAUCCAAGUCCCACUGCUUUAGUUCGCAUGAGCAGGAAGAUUUGCUUGAAGAUAUCCUGAAACCCAGGCUGGUUUGUUUGCCAGCCAGUGCUUCACAGCUGUCAAUCUGAGUCGCAAGUGGCAGCUACUGUGAGUAGCCUCUGUGCAUUAUGAAGAAUUUUUCAUUUCCUGUGCAGGAUAACACACAUCAGACCGAGAGUCCUCCUCCUCACAGAUUCCUGAGUUUGACAAAUCAGUCAGAUCCUAUUGGAAGACCAGAAAGAGACGAGCAAUUAGCUCAAGUAGAGAUUGCUGUACUGGGGGUCAUAUUUCUGACAGCGUCUGUGGGCAAUUUCAUUCUCAUACUGGUGCUGUGGCGAAGAAGGAAGAAGCUGUCUAGGAUGUAUGUGUUCAUGCUUCACCUCAGCAUUGCUGACUUAGUGGUAGCCUUUUUCCAAGUGCUGCCUCAACUCAUAUGGGAUAUUACAGAUGUUUUCAUAGGGCCAGAUUUCUUGUGCAGAUUUAUCAAGUAUCUACAAUUGCUGGGCAUGUUUGCCUCUACUUAUAUGAUAGUGGUCAUGACAGUGGACAGAUAUCAAGCCGUUUGCUACCCUAUGGUCACUUUCCAAAAGAAGAGAGCUCUCUGGAACAUCCCCAUUUGCACCAGCUGGUCUAUAGCACUGAUUCUUAGCCUACCACAGGUAUUUAUCUUUUCUAAGACUGAAAUAUCUCCAGGUGUCUUUGAAUGUUGGGGUGAAUUUAUUCAGCCUUGGGGCCCAAGGGCAUAUGUGACUUGGAUUUUUGUAGUUAUAUUCUUCAUUCCCUCAGCAAUUCUUAUCACAUGCCAGGUCAAGAUUUGCAAAAUAAUCAGAAGAAAUAUAAAUCUGAAAAAACAGAAUGAAUGUGAAGCACCAAAUCAGAAUCAAGUCCUGCCAUCCCGAGCAAGCAGCGUGAACUGUAUUUCAAAGGCUAUGAUCAAGACAGUAAAAAUGACGGUGGUGACAGUUGUUGCAUAUGUUCUCUGCUGGUCACCUUUCUUCAUUGCGCAGCUGUGGUCCGUGUGGUUCCCCAGCAUCGUGACCGAAGGUUCAGCAUUCACCAUUAUAAUGCUCCUUGGCAAUCUAAAUAGUUGUGCCAACCCAUGGAUUUACAUGUAUUUCUGUGGCCAGAUUCCAUAUUGCACAAAUAAGCAGCUGGAGAAUACCUCGGCUCAAGAGGAAUCCGUGCUCACGGGGAGCAUUCAUCUCAUAGACAGAGACCCUGAGGAAAAUAGUACUUCUGCAUAAAUGCUGAGAGCUUUUUGUUGUUUUGUUACAUUCCCUCUGUUCACAAGACAAAAUGAUAUUGUACCACUAUCCGUUAUUUCGUGGAUAAGGAAGCUAAAAAUUUGGGUUUUGUUGUAAAAAAUAUAUUUCUCUGCAGUUCUGUAGCAUAUAGAGGAAGUUUCUGUGUUGUGCAAGCCUGGCUCAGUGCUUCAAUCACCACUGUCUUAUCAGAAUGAGCUCCUGUAAAGACUGACAAAGAGACACAAAAGUAUCUUAGAUAUUUUGUGUCCUAAAGUACUUCCCCAUCUGGAUUUCUGAGUAGUAAAAUUUUACUAUUACUUGGUCCAACAAAUUGAAACAUAAUUGAAAAGGAACCUGAUAUAAUUAAACUUGAAUAUGUUUUCAGAGUGAACUACUAAUUGCUCAUCAUUCUGGUGUGAUUGAGGUACAGUGACAAAUCUUGAGAUGGCAGCACAAAGUCAGAAAAAGCUUUUGCCAGUUUGCUAGCACCUAGUUUAAAUUAACUCUUUAUGUACAUUUAUAAAAUGCCAAGCAGCUUAAUAUAAUUAUAAAAAAGAAUUUGGUGUGCUUGUGACAUUGAACCCACUAUUUCAGUUUCAAAUUCCAUUGUGGAUUGGAGGUAUCAGCAGCAUAGCAGCAGUUCAGGGGUUUUUCCUUCACACCUUGGGAUUUGAUUUUCCAUGUGUUUCCCGAUGUGCAAGCAGUUAACUGGACACCUACACAAACCCCAUACACACACACAUAUACAUACUCUAAACAAAAAGUGGAUGCUAAGAGUAUACACUUUCAUUUGGCACUCAAACCCAUUUGUUCUAGCAUGGGAUUUAUUGGCAGAGAACCAAUUAUUAUUCUAUUCCUUAGUAUCCCUUUAGGUUCAAAUUCAAAUAUUUCCAUUUGCUGUAAAAAUAAAUCUGCCUAUCUUUAUCUCAAAUGCCAUUUGGUUGCUGUUUUGUGGGUGUUAUAUGCAGGUAACUGUAUUUCAUUUCAAUGUCUACAGUCUCAUCAGAGAAAUAUGAAAGGAAUAUGAGCAAGGCUCAUUCAGGUAAGAAUGGAUCUGCAUUCCCAGGGAAUCUUUGUGGCACUUAUAUCUGGUCACAUGUAAUGUAUCUACAUUAUACUGUGUUUCAUUACAUUUCAGUUUUUUGAGUGCUAGCAGUCUCAAAUAUCAGUAGAACAGCUAUAACAUUGUGGGGCUUUAAUAGUAUUUAAAUUGCAGUAAAAGAAAUAUUGAUUUAAACUAAAUACUGAUCACAUAGAAGUUUAACUUCUACUAAUUAUACUUCUGCAUUGCUGAUAUAUUUGUUACUGGCUCUAUAAAUAAUUUGGUAGAGCUGGAUGUUGCAAAUAACAGUACCUCGAUGUGUUCAUUCAAAGUCUGAGAGCAGUGUUAACUGUCCAUAUCUCAGACAUAUUUUCAUCAUGUAUUGAAUGAAACAUCAGAACUUCUCAAGUUCAGUGAUGAUUGUUCACUGCCUAUAAUAUUCGAAACACUUGUAUUUUUGUCUCUCAAGUGCUUUCCUUCUGACUUUUUCAUUUUCCUUCCCCUGACAUGAGCCCUGCUCUUAAAAAAAAAAAUUUAAGGUUGCUGUACUAUGGUGCAAAUUACAGGCUAUGGAUACUUUUAGUUUCAGUCUGUCAAGAGGUAUUUGAACACAGGUAUUCCUCCUUUUUCUCAUAGGAAAAAAAGCUGGGCUGCAUUUUCCAGAUGUGUGUCCUUAUCCGACAUACCCUGCCCUGCCUACCUGAUGGGUAGCACUGACUAACGGUCUCAGUGGGCAGUGUGGUUCAGGUCCACUUUUUUUCCAUCAAAACUUAUUUUCAAAUUAUGGGAAAUUCAUUUGAGUAUCUUUUUCCCUUUUCCUUUUAAUUUUUUUAAAAUCCUUAUAAAGUGAGCUUUACAGGAUUUCUCUUAUUUAUUAAAAAAAAAAAAAAAGACAAUUAAAAAUAAAAUAAAAUUUUCUCUCUGUAAAUUUCGCCAUCAGUGUUCUUGGAAGUUGUAGUUUGAACAUCUUGUGCCCUUGUUUUACUCUAUAUUUUGAGUCUUCAUCUGAACUAUAUAUUUUUCAAUUCACUGCACUUAGAUUUCCAGCAGGUAUUGCAGUAUCUCAUUAAGAGAGAGGGUUGACUUUGGCACAACACUGCAGUCUGGCCAAGGUGUUUAAUCUAUAUAGGAGAAUCAGUAACUCAAACAUAUGAGUCCCCUGGGGCACAGUGGAAGCCCACAAAAAGGAAAAAAUCCAGUUAUCAGAUGAAAGCCUUUAUCAUCAAAGCAUAGAUUCUGUUUUCUCACACAAAUAAAUUCUGAGUAGAAAAAUACCUAGUGUUCUCAGUCUUGAAAUUAAUUACUAUGUUGUUGAUGCUGGCACUGUGAUAUGCUUUCUGGUUAUCUGGGUGGGGAUUUUUUUUUACUUUCCAUGGUUUUGUUACUACUUGGGAAAGGCACAGUCCACUAAAAGGAAUUAGAUUCUUGCUUAAAAAUUAGCAGUUUAUAUUUUGCAGUACAGAUAAGAAGAAUCAAAGACAAUGUAAUCUAUUAAUUCUGUAUGGAUUUAUUACAGAAAAAAAAAAUACAAAAACAACCUAGUACAAUGAAAAGAAAAACCCACCAUGUUUUGCAUUCUUAACAGUAUACUUUGAUAAUUCUUUUAUGGUACAGAACUGCUUCUGUAUUUUCAUAGCCAGUCCCAGUUCACAUUCUUUUAAAUGGUGAACACUGAAGACAGAAGUGCUACAUGAUAAACUUUUUAAUCUUGCAAUGAAAUAAUGCUGAGAAAUUUUACAGAUGGUGCCAAACUAUCGUCCUGACAAUUUCACUUUGAUAAUUUAGUUCUGACAAGAGAAACCAGAUACUGAGUGGAAUUAACCGCUCCUGUGUCUGCGUUGUUGGGGGAAGACUGGCAGAGUGACAUGGAGACACAAGCUGGAACUGGCAUGGUUUAUUCUGUGAGACAAACAUGGCUAGUUUCUAGUUGUCUAGUUGUCUAACAUUCUCUAGUCGUCUAACACCUGACCAGGACAAAAGUAUCCUCAAGAGCUUAUGAAUGUUAGCUACUUUUUGGCUUAAGGGUGUCAUGAAUUGACAAAGGCAAAGCAAGAUGACCCAGCUAUUCAGUUCUUUUAGGCAAAUUCAGUUUGGGUUGGAUUCCUUGGAGUAGGGAAAAAAAAAAAAAAAAGAAAGUUGUUUUCUGACUUCAUAAGGUAGAGAUUUGGGCCUGAAUGCCCUGGCUAUCUACAGGAAACAUCCAUGAUUAUGAAACAGAUUGUUCAUACAGCAGAAAAACAGGGCUGCAAACAGUUCAAAUGGGAAUUGUAUUACUUGUAGUAAUGCAGCCAUAAAUAAUUUAUUCUCUAUCGAGGACCUUUAUAGGAUGAUCCAUGGCUGAUCCAUAUAGAUUUGAAUUGAAAGGAAAUCACGCUGUUAGAAAAGCUGAAAUAAAAACUGAUGGAAUCUAUCCUACCAAAUCAAAACUCUGAUUUCCAUUCCAAAUCCUACCUCUUCAGCCCUAUGUGUGUCAGCAGCAGGUCCCUCUCUGCUCUCCUCGUCCCAGGUCCCUUCAUGAUCUGCAAUAUAUAUCCCAAACUCUACCAGCCUUGCUAAGGUGGCCAAGGUUGUCUUCACUUUGUCUCUCUGGAACAAAAGGACAGAAGCUGUGUCUUUUCCCUGGGCUUAUAUGAUGCCCCUGCUAUGACCACUUGAGGACUUUUUGAAGGUCAUCUCAUUAAGGGUGUAGAUUCUGGGCAUAUUUACAACCUCUCCAUAAAUUUUUUUAUUAAUUUGCACUUCACUCUUUAGGUGAAAAAAAAAGAAUAGACAUUGAGUGAAACUAGGCAGCCAUACCCAUUCUCUCAUUCUUCUUUUUUUUGCCAGUUCAGCAGACCAAAGCAUACACUUUCUGCUGGUAGGUUGUAGCAUCUAAUUCAACUAAGGUAUAUCAUCCAUCUCCAUAAUGAACUUUGGGGGCAAUGAAACUAAGCAAAGGCUUCUUGCCUUUCCAUCCAAAUGUUGCCCUAGAGACACAGUGCAAACCUAUUCAAGUGCUACUGUAUUAAUCAGGAGCUUUUUUAUAUCAUGACUCACACUUUGAGCGAUCUUCAGAAUUUUGAAUUUGUGCUUCUUGCAUCCAUUGCAGUGUACCAAAAAUUGUUAAAUUGUGUGUUACCCAGAUUUUAGCUACAAAUCUUCUGAAUUCUGAGUUAACAAUGCGGGAAUCAGUAGGACUUAGUGGAGGAAAUAUUACAUUGCCAUCUGGGGAAGAAGUUUAAAAAAAUGCCAAACAAAAACAUUUGAACUUGAAGAUCUCUGGAAAUUAUGGCUGGGGAGGCACAUAUAACUAGAAAAACAUCUGGAGGCAGAUAUAACUAGAAAAGCAUGCUAGUGACCACUUUUCAAGCAUUGUAGUAACAAAUACUAAGACCCAAGAAAGACAUCAUAAUCUUUUCAUCGUUAUCAUUUACUUCAUCAUGAUCAUCACCAUCAUCACCAUCAUCACUAUUAUUUAAAUGAAAUCAUCAUAUAGCCAACCAUAAGUUUUAAAAGAAAAGAAAUUUAGGACACUCUGAUAUAUGUAGAGCAGUUAUGAAGCUGAAAUAUGAGAAGCAUGUUUUCAAUCACAAA